AUCUGUUUAAAAAUUGUGUUAGUAAAAUAAAAUUCAAAAACAGCAAGUGACUAUUGUUUAUUGGAUUUGUUUUUAAUGGUCUACCAUUAGAGGGUGGUAACAUGCUACUAUUAAUUCGUUCUUUAAUUAGAUCAAUAAUAUUUAACUUAGGUAGAUUAAAAUUUGAUCAAAUACAACAUGUAGCAGGGAAUGUUCUGUGCAUAUGACUUUAAGGGUAAUGGUUAAAGAGUGAGACUGACAAACCAGAUUUUGUUGUUGAUGGAUUGGUUUGUGAGUUUGUAGGGAAACUGCUUUGCUAGUUAUUAAAAGCAGCAGUUUUUCCAUUGCAGUGCAUAUUUGACACAAAGAGACUUUUAAUAGUUUUUUAGUGCUUGCUGUAGUUGUACAUUAGAUAUCAUCAGAAUGGCUGAGAACUCUACAGGGUUGUAUAUACUGUAUAUGAACUUCCGGUAUCGAUAUCAGAUCGGGAUCGCAAUAUUUGGCCUUGGUGUUACUUGGUAUCAGAUCGAAUCCAAAAUCACUGGUAUCGCCCAUCCCUACCCAUCACUUAAAAUAAUUUUACAAACUUUAUUAAAACGAAAACAUUAAGAGAGGUUUUUAUAUAAAAUUAUUAUAACUCAUACUAACAUUUAUCUUAUAAGAAUUACUUGUCUUAAAAAUUGAGGAUCCCUUUAAAAUAUGAAAACUUAUGUUUGGGUGGUUUUAGUUAAGGCAGACACUGCUUUUUCAUCUGUGUGAUUUUGACAAAUAUGAGAUCACAUUUGAUGGUGAUUUUAUGCAGAAUUGUGAGGAAUUCUAAAAAGUUCAGAUACUUUUUCAUACCACUGUAAUUACAACAACAACAAAAUAAAUUCUUAAUGAAUAUGUCAGGAGUUUCUACUGUAUUAGUAAAUUAUAUCUGCAUAAAUUUUUAUAUGUUUUUAUGAACAUCUGAUUUGUUUUAUAAUAUCUUUGAUUCAGUGUAUGAAUAUAUUUGGGUCUGUCCAACAUUGCCUGCAAUAAUCACAGUUGAUUGGGGGGGAAAUGUCAUCUGUAAAUCUGAAGGGUGCUUCACCUUUUUCAUACUCUGGUAUGGCUUCUAUACAAGCAAAUUGAUCAAAAAUGUGUCUGUUAAUAUUUUUAUUACAGUCAAACAACACAAGAUCAAAAAAAAAAAAAAAAAAAAGCAAAAAUAAUAAGCGGUAAGGUAAUGCAGAGCAGAGCUCAUUUGCUGGUCAACUCAAGCAGACUUCAAAGAGAGAUGUUUGCUAAGUCAGACAAGUUUUGUCUUCGCGACCAGAGAACGUGGACAACUUGCAUGAUGAAUAUUGCCUUCACCACCUCAACGAAUAGCGAUAAGUUUAUUAUUUUCUAUUUUAGCCUUCUACGUUUUUGCUAGCUGUUAGCAUCGUUAGCAAUAUUUUUAAUAGGAUCACUCUGCGCUCCAUUUUAAAAUCAAAACGUGGCCAGGAGCCCUUCUGCUCUCCUGAGUCCCUCUUGAUCAUCUGAGUGAGGUCUCAAUCCAUCACUCACACCAUUUCCACCAAAUGGGAGUUUACAUCAGAGAAAUGGCCUGGGUGAAGGUCUUGCUCUUGUUGUCCCUAUUUGGAUGUGAAAAGUCUCUGGGCCUUAACUGGAACCCAAUCCCACGCAAGACCGUGCGCUAUCAGGAUGUUUUGGACAGCAUGGCCAGGUUCAGCAUUCAAGGAGUCUUCAACUACAGCAUGCUGACACUGUCGGACCAUGAGAGAGUUUUGUACGUCGGCGCACGAGAGGCACUAUUUGCCUUGGACCCUAACGAUAUUAGCAGACAGCUCCGGCCACAGAUUGACUGGCCCGCUCCAGUAGACAAGAAAAGGGAGUGCGUCAUCAAGGGGAAGAGCAACCAGACUGAGUGCUUCAACUACAUUCGCUUUCUGCAGAGCUAUAACCACACACACCUGUACACGUGUGGCACCUACGCCUUUCAACCUAAAUGCACCUAUGUGAAUGCAGAACAUUUCAGUCUCAGCAACGCUUUUCUUGAAGAUGGCAAAGGCAAAUGUCCUUAUGACCCUGCCAAGGGCCACACUGGCCUAAUAGUAGACAAAGAGCUCUACUCUGCCACGCUCAACAACUUCUUGGGGACCGAGCCAGUCAUACAAAGGAACCUGGGCCAACAGCACUAUAGUAUGAAGAGUGAAUACUUGCCUGCCUGGCUCAAUGAACCGGACUUUGUGGGUUCAGCCUUGGUUCGAGAAAGCAGCGGCAGCAAGGAUGGAGAUGACGACAAAAUCUACUUCUUCUUUAGUGAGAGAGCGUUGGAGCUGGACUGCGACACGGAGCUCAAUGUGGCGAGAGUGGCUCGCGUCUGCAAGGGUGAUCUUGGUGGUACCCGGACGUUGCAGAAAAAAUGGACAACCUUCCAAAAAGCCCGUCUGGAUUGUUCCCUCCCUGAGCGUCAUGUCUCCUUUAACAACCUCCGGGCUGUCUUCACACUGCCGGGGCAGGACUGGAAGGGGACUACUUUCUUCGGCAUCUUUCACGCUCAAUGGGGUGAUGUGGACGUGUCGGCCGUAUGUCAGUACCAGAUCACUGAUGUGAAAAAGGUGUUUGAAGGCUCCUACAAGGAAUACAGAGAGACAUCCCAAAGAUGGGGGCGCUACACUGGACCUGUUCCCAACCCACGGCCAGGAUCGUGUAUAACAAACACAGACAGAGAAAGCGGCUUCAACAGCUCUCUGCAGCUACCUGAUGCAACACUCAACUUUGCCAAAAAGCACCCACUGAUGGAGGACAAAGCACUCGCUCGCCCCCUGCUUCUCACGAAGGGUGUGAACUUCACAAGGCUGGUCGUGGAUCGGGUUACUGGGCUAGACCAAAGAGCCUACAACGUUCUCUUUCUUGGCACAGCUGAGGGCUGGCUGCAGCGGGUGGUUAUCCUGGGCUCUGAAGCCCACGUAAUAGAAGAAAUCCAGCUGUUUGACAUGGCCCAGCCAGUAGACAGCCUGACCAUUUCCCACUCCAAGAAAUACGUCUACAUCGGCUCUCGUUCAGAAGUUCUCCAGUUACCCUUAGCCAACUGCAGCCGCUAUCAGUCUCAGCCAGACUGUCUGCUUGCCAGAGACCCCUACUGCGCUUGGGACAGUGAGGGUCGAGCUUGUGUUCGAGUUGACCUCCACCGAGGAUCCACAUCUUCUCUGUCACAAGACCUCAUGCUGGAAAGGUUCAACCGGGGAAAAACCAAGUUUGAUAAACCUGUCUCCAUCCCAAGCCCUGAGCACUCUCGUCUUCGGAAUGUCACAGUGGUGGUGGGCUCCGACAUGGUGCUACCUUGCCAGUUGAUCUCCAACCUAGCACAGCCGUUCUGGGUUGUCAACGACCGUGAGCUCCUUCUGGGCGACCCUGAGGCCGGUGGACCACGUUUCGACCGGACCCUCAAGGCCUUAGUGGUCCCCGAGGCGGGUCAAAUCCAAGCAGGACGCUACAUCUGCUAUUCCGAGGAACAGGGCGUGAAAUUUCAAACGGAGCGCUACCAAGUUGCUGUCGUCGCAAGUGCUCCCGUCUUCAUGGAGGCUCGUGCUCCAGAUAGCAGCAUGGGGCUCUUCUGGGUGUUGGUCAUCACACUCGGCGCAGCGUGCCUCCUGCUCUUGGUUGCGGCUCUCUACCUGCGCCGGCGUCUGAAACUCGCUCUCGGAAAGGGAGCCGACAUGAAACCUCUAGAAAGCACCCUGGUCUAUCCCAUCACACUUCCCAAGGAGCCACCCACAUUCGUGCCUAGCAAAAUGCCCAGCGACGAAGACCGUUUCUGGGAGACGGGCGCCAAUUACUACUACUCGGACGGCUCGCUUAAAAUUGUUCCCGGUCACGCCCUCGGGCCCAACGGCGUGAGCAGCACGGCGUCACCCAGCGCCAUUCCGGGCCAGCCCAUCCACUCUCCCAGCCGUCUCAGUCUCACCAACAUCCGAGGCUCUGGUAGCAACGGCUACAUUCGCCUGAACCUGAGCACAGCCGGGGAGGAUAGGGCUAGCGGGGCUUGCGCUGGUGGCGGCGGGCUGACCGGCCUGGGCAUGGGGGGGAACGACUACUCAAGCCCGUUCAAAGAAGAGCUGAGGCGCACUCUGCAGCAGAGGAGCGUGCUGCCUGACGCAAAUCCAGAGGAGUCGUCCGUCUAAGGUCUUUCCUCCACCGCACCGACGUUCCCUUGAGUUGGAAAAAAACAAAACAACCGACCUACCUCCCUCCUAUCGAGGACGCCUGCUCUCUCUUUCAGUGACACGUCGUCACCUAGAAAUGCUCUUUCCCUCACCCUGCCAAUGCCUGUUUGGCCCACUGUAGACAUUUAUAGCAUGUUAAAUAUAGAGACUCACACCCAUGGUUCGCCAACACGCACUCAGAUAAUUAUUAUGUGCUCUGCACCACCAAGUCUCGGACAUUUUAUGCUUCCACUGUGUAAUGGCCAUUUGUCUAAAAUGUGUAUUUAUACAGGAAUACACCAUAGACAUGGUAAUCAAACCAAUGGCAUUCUAAAUUGGGUUAAGGGCACAUUUAAAUCAUGUUGAGCGGACCAAGUGAGUCAGUUGAUGGAUCUUCCUUCAAGACAUGUUUCAGCUUGGACUGCACUUAAAGUUGGAAGCUAGUCUUCCCUUAUUUGUAACAGUCAAGAGGAAGCGAAUUAAUGUUGAAGCAAGACAACAAUCAUAUUUGUGUAUGAGGAGCUCCGUGAAGUGGCAAAUGACAAUGAGAGCGCCAAUGGAAUGAAAUUUAAUUAAAGGAAGACACAAGGGAGUUUCUAAAUGAAGGACAAUCUCUCUAAAUGUGUUGGCCCAAUUUCUUUGUGAAUCCCAUUUUUUUGUGAUGUUUGAUUUGAAUUAAGACAUUCUCCAGAUUUUUUUAUUGUUGUUGUUGUCUUGAGGAACACUUGAGUCUUCAAGUGACUACUUUUUUUAAAGAACAAGUGCUUACAUUCCAGGCCGCACCCUGCACGGUGACCUUCAAAAGCACCUUUGAUGUACUAAAAAAGUGCAUGAUAACCACGUUGUCAAAAAUAGGUGUUUCAGUUGAACACUUUUGGAUAUUUGCUCAUUCCCUUGGAAAAGAAAAUGCUAUUGGCAUUCAGCAAUAAGACAAAGACUGCACACUUUCAAACAACGCAAAGAAAACAAGCAUGGAGAAUGUAGUUGAAGCCUCACUGUUGCGACUGCUGUGGAUGUUUCAAAAAGUGCUUUAUGUUUUUAUAUGGCUGAAGUUUUUGACUUGCACUGUAAAGAAGGAAACUACCACGCUCGGUCACAAGCCCGAUGCGUUGAAUGUCAACAAGCCCGGACUUAACGUGUGAAAGGAUGCCGUGAAGCUCCUCCCUUAUCGAGGAUUGCUCAGACAGAAUGAUUAUUUCUACGUUGACUGGCUACAGUAGGACAGCGUCUCAGAGUCUGUUACAGGGUUGAUUUUGGGGACGUGUCUAAAUGGCCCAGGAGAGCGAAGCAAGAAAUAAAAUAUUUUGUUAUUUAAAAAAAGAAAAAGAAAAAAAAAAACACUGUGGACACGGGUCUAAAAUGUUGCGUAUCACAAUGACCCCGUGGUCAAAGAGGUACUCGACUGUCAGACCAACAUGUUGCAUGAUCAACUGCAAAAGGACUGUACAUUUCGUUCAUCCUUGUACAAACUCAUUUUUUUUGGAUUGAGCAUUUUUGCAAUUUUGAAUAUGAUACAGCAUUGUAUAAAACAUUAAUGCUGUCUUUGAAAAAAAAAAGCCUUGAUUUUAAGGUUCAAUGAAAGAAUUUUGUCUCAUAGCUGUGUUACAUGCAUCACUUUGGGCAAGCCAAAGUAGUUUGCAGAGGCUUUUCUGUUGACUUGUUUUCCCCUAAAUUAUUUUUCUGAAACAGAUCAAUAUUCAGUUGUCCGUCCAAUUUGCAAUGGUGAGCUGAUGUGUGCAAGCUUUCUGAAUAUUUUAACCGCUGCAAAAUGUUCCCUCAAGGAAGAAAAUGGUUUAAGGCUAAUAGAUUUCCUGUUUGUUUCUUGUUUACAUGUCAGCAGUGAUCUCCUGGACCUUAUCCUUGUACCUUUUUAUGAAGGCUCACCAACAUACCAAAAUCAUUUUUAAAUUUUUUGCUGCCAAAAACCAAAUAUUGAGCUUUUGAUUUAAAGCAGAUCAGUUGUAGAAUGCGUUCACUUGAUAGUAUUCAUUACUUUGAUAAAGUUAAAACACAUUCUUUGAAUACACUGGUACUUUGGUCAUGUUAAGUUGUUUUUCUGUUAUCAGACUUUGCUUUACUCGCGGUUUUAUAUAGUUUUUUUUAAAAAUCAAAAGAAACGAUUGAACAAUUAGUGCUCUUUUGCUGCAGCAAAAUGCAUGUUAAAGUCUUUAAACUUUGUACAUUUAUUUGCCAGAACCACUUUAGUGCAGUAUUUUCAUUUGUGUCAAUUCCAGUUUUCAUAAUAACUAGUUUUAAUUGUAUCUCAUUGAUCUUUUAUGUUUGUUCUUAAAGUAAUGUUAAGUAACUUAUUUCUUGUACAAACAUGUUGGUAUUUAUUAUCAUUGUACAUAUGCCCUUAUUUUUUUAUGUGUGUGUAUAUACAUACUAUAUACACAAAUAAAAAAAGAUCUACUUGAUUUGUGUAUUACUGUUUUUUGUUCAAGGAAGACAAUUCUAUACUGAACAUGUUUGUUUUCUGGAUUUUAGUUUUGGUAAACAGCGUCAGAUAGCGAAAUAUUCUUUAAAAAUUAGGCUUCUGUUUAUUGCCACACCCAGUUGAUGUUUCCUGUCAAACCAAACAUAAAACAACGAAAGAAUACACAUGCAUGUAAAAUAAACAUCUUUUCCUUGAUAAUGACCUGUUAGCUUAGAUAAGACAAAGUGGAUCAGCUAACGCAGAGGUCGGCGUCCGACCAUUGCCGAGGAGCGGGCAGUACUUUUGAACUGUAUGAAAGAAUUUAGCCUGCAAGAGUACAGCAGGCUGUAAAAUACAGUGGGGCAAAUAAGUAUUUAGUCAACCACCAAUUGUGCAAGUUCUCCUACUUGAAAAGAUUAGAGAGGCCUGUAAUUGUCAACAUGGGUAAACCUCAACCAUGAGAGACAGAAUGUGGAGAAAAAAAAACAGAUAAUCACAUUGCUGGAUUUUUAAAGAAUUUAUUCCUAAAUUAGAGUGGAAAAUAAGUAUUUGGUCACCUACAAACAAGCAAGAUUUCUGGCUGCCAAAGAUGUCUAACGAGGCUCCACUCGUUACCUGUAUUAAUGGCACCUGUUUUAACUCAUUAUCGGUAUAAAAGACACCUGUAAACAAACCUCAGUCGGUCACACUCCAAAGUCCUCUAUGGCCAAGCGCAAAGAGCUGUCAAAGGACACCAGACAUCAACAAUAAUAUACUCAAAAAAUUUGGG